AGAGAGAAGAGAGGAAGUCCACAAAAGUUAGUUUUACAUGAUUCAACCAGGGCCGGGACAAGGGGCAGUGCAGCAUUUGGACAUCAGGAGAAGUGGAAACGUGAAGUAAAGGUUGAAGAAGCCCAGAGGACACAGCUUUUGACAGAGAAGGGGGGUUGCUGGACAAACACAAAUAUGGCUCCUAAUUCCCUGUCCUGCCUCUGCCUUGUCUCCAUCCUCUCAGGAAUUGUCUGUCCAACUUCUGCCACCAGAUUUGGGGAACAGCAACACACUGUUCUGGAAGUGUGUGCAAAAGGUCUUUUCCUCAGUGAUCAAAACAUAUGUCUUCCAUGUAACUGCAAGGGCCAUGCUGACAACUGCGAAGACAUCACUGGCAUUUGUAUUAACUGCAGGGACCACAGCACAGGGGAUUUUUGUGAAAUGUGUGAAGAUGGCUACAUCCUGAGCUCUAGGCAGGAUGGGCUACAUGCCUGUAUACCCUGUUCCUGCCCCAUCUCCUCCGACUCUAAUAACUUUGCUGUGUACUGCAAAAAAGGGGUUAGCAGUCUGCAAUGCAAGUGCAAAGAGGGCUACGCUGGAUAUCACUGUGAGAGGUGUGCUCCAGGUUACUAUGGCAACCCAAUGCUGAUUGGUUCAUCUUGUAAGAGGUGUGACUGUAAUGGCAACACUGACCCUAACUUGAUCUUCAACGAGUGCCACAACGUGACGGGCCGCUGCCAGCACUGCUGGGGAAACACGGCUGGUGACAACUGCGAGAGGUGUGCCCCGGGUUUCUAUGGUGACCCCAUCAGCGCCAAGAACUGCAGAGAGUGCGAGUGCGACAAAUGCGGCACCUCCUCAUGUGACGACAGGACAGGAGUGUGUCACUGCAAGCCGGGAAUCAAAGGACGCCUCUGUGACCAGUGUGAGGAGGGAUACUUUGGCUUCUCCAGCUGUCAGGGCUGCAGGAGGUGUGAAUGUGGGCCAGCUUCCAUUCGCACAACGUGCCAUCCUCUUACCCACAGCUGUCCGUGCCGCCCCGGGGCUGGAGGUCGUUACUGCGAGCGCUGCCUCCCAGGAUACUGGGAUUACAGCCCUUCCGGCUGCCAGAAGUGUGACUGUGAGAGUGGCCACUGUAAUAUGCAUACAGGAGAAUGCCUUGCAGAGGCUACAGUCAAUCUCUGCAACAACAGCUGUGAUGAUUGUAUAUGGCAGCUGAUCAGAGAUUUAAGGUUGUCCAAUAAGACCCUGGACCAGCUGAAGGUUGGGGUGUUGAACAUAUCAACUGGUGCUGCUGCUAACGACAGGAUCAAAUACUACAACUACACUGCUCAUCAACUCCAGAGGCAGUUUCAAGUCUGGAGAAAUAAAUCAUCUGUAAUUAAAGGGCGGACAUAUGAGCUGGAAGAGGGUGCAGAAACUGUUCUGGUGGACAUCAAGGAGCUCAGAGAGUUGGAGAGCCCGAUUAAGCAUUUGGGGAAUCAGCUGGAAAAAGAGACCCUGGAGACCUUUACCUUGGCUGAGCAACUCUGCAAUAAUCUCACAGAUCUCAACAUACGCAUUGAAGAUAUGAUCCAUGACUGGGAACUGUACAAUGUCCAGCAGGAGAUGGAUCCAGAGGCGGUCAGACGUAGCACAGAGAUAGCCCAGGACAUGAUGUCAUGGAUGAGACAGCUUGACUUGUCACCACGAGAACCCGUUGCCAUGAAUGAAACAACUGAGGCCCAUGACUUGCUGACGCGUAUCCGUCAGUUGGGGAAGAAACUGAUGAAUACAGAGGGCCGUCUCCCGUCUGUCAGAGAGGUCUUGUCCCGUUUCUCCACCAGACUCUCUGAGGCUCGGGAAUUUCUCCUUAACGCCGCCAGCACUGUGCAGGAAGCGGAGGACAAGAAUAGAGCCAGCCUCCUCAAAUUCCAAAGGAAAGAGGUGAAACAGCAGAGACUGACAGAGGAGCAACUGGCUAUCAACAGCACACUGGAGAUGAGCAGAGAUUUGAUCUCCGAAGCCGAGAGGAACCUGGCUGAGGUGGAUGCUUUAGCACAGAAUGUGACAGAGUACCAUGCCGAGGUUGAUGGCGCCAGUCAGAAGCUGACAGAGAAGACGGAGCGUCUCUCGCAUGCGGACAGAAAUCUAGUUCAUAAGGCCGAUGAUCACGCCUUGGAGCUGGAGAGACAGGCCAACGAGCUGGAGGAGGAUCUGAAACAAAGCGAUGCCAAUGGGUUCGUUCAGAGAGCAAUAAGUGCUGCCAACGUUUAUAACAACAUAGUGAAAUACAUCGAUGAUGCCAACAUCACUUCGCUCACCACGCUCAACUUAUCUCAGAGGGCAGAAGAUGCUACCAGUGGGAUAAAAAGCCAUCUUGGUUACCUGGUGAAGCAGAGUGCAAAUGUGUACCUGGAAUCUGUUUCAUUGCAAUCAGAACAGCAUGACGUAUUAACAAAAGUGGCUGAUGGUGUGACAUACAUUGAGGAGACUGAGAAAAUCAUGGAAAAACAUCAGAAAAAGCUUGAAGAGAUAGUGAAUGACAUCAUGGUAAUUCAGACAGACAGAACCCCACAACGUCUGAACUUUUCCUUGGAAGUGGCAGAAGAGACUCUCAACCGGUCGGCAGAAGUCCUUCAGACCAUCACUCCCAUCAACAACAAAGUGCAGCAGUGGGCUCACAACAUGAGAAACAACGAGUACUCUACAGCUGCAUAUGCAAAUGUUGUUGUUUCUGCUAAAGAAGCAGUGAAAAACCUGAAUGAGCUUGUCCCUGAGUUGCUGAACAAGCUGAAGGUGGUCGAAGACAAGAAGCCUGUCAGCAAUGUGACCACUAACAUCAUGAGGAUCAGAGAGCUCAUUGCACAAGCCAGAAGUGUGGCCAAGAAAGUUCAAGUGUCCAUGAAGUUUACGGGACAGUCAUCAGUGGAGGUUCAUCCGCCCAGCAACCUGGAAGAGCUGAAGACGGUGACAUCCAUCAGCCUGUUCAUGAGGGUGGAUCCAGACAAAGACCCAAUAGAGGACCGGUUCAUCCUGUAUUUGGGAGACAGAAAUGGCAAGAAGGACUACAUGGGCUUGGCAAUCAAGAACGAUAAACUGGUGUUUGUGUACAACCUCGGCCGUGAAGAUGUUGAAAUCCCGCUGUCCUCUAAGCCUGUCAGUCAGUGGCCGGCAGUCUUUAACUAUAUCAAAAUAGAAAGGUUGGGGAGACAUGGGAAAGUUUACCUGACUAUUCCCAGUCAGAGCACCACAGAUGAGCAGAAAUUCAUCCAGAAAGGCGAAGCUCCCAGCACAGACUCACUGUUCGAUGUCGAUCCCAAUAAUGUAGUGUUCUUCAUUGGAGGUGUUCCACCAGAUGUCAAGUUGCCACCUCCUCUGAGUCUUGCCCACUUUGUUGGCUGCAUCGAGUUGGCUUCUCUCAACAACGACGUCAUCAGUCUGUACAAUUUCAAAGAGACUCACGAUUUGAAUGUAGCUGUUUCACCUCCAUGCCCCAGGUACAAGUUGGCGUUCUCUCAGAGUCGCAUUGCAAGCUAUCUAUUUGAUGGAACGGGCUACGCACUCAUCCGUAAUAUUGAGAGAAGAGCGAAGUUCGGUCAAGUCAUAAGAUUUGACAUUUCUGUGCGAACGAUCGCAAACAACUGUGCCAUUUUCCUCAUGGUCAGCGAGGGCAAUUUUUUCCUUUUAGAAAUAAAGAAUGGCUUCCUACGCCUAACGUACGACUUCAGCUUCAGCGAUGGACCAAAGCAUUUGGAGAAUAACUCACCAAAGUUUCAAAUAAAUGAUGCAAAAUACCAUGAGGUGUCAGUGAUCUACCAUCAAUUAAAGAAAGUUAUCCUACUAGUGGACAAGAGUCUUGUUAAAACUGUCGAGAAUCCCAAAACCCCACUGCCUUUCUCAGAUAUUUACAUCGGUGGAGCUCCUUCCAGCAUCCUAAAAUCUAGGCCAGAGCUGUCUUCUGUGGCUGGCCUGAAGGGUUGUGUCAAAGGAUUCCUGUUCCAGAAAAGAGACUUUAACUUGUUGGAGGAGCCUGGCACUAUUGGUAUCAGCAGCGGUUGCCCCGAGGAGUCUGUUAUGUCCCGCGAAGCUUAUUUCAAUGGAGAGAGCUAUCUUGGAUCCCCAGCAAAAAUCUCACCAUUUGACAACUUUGAAGGAGGUCUUAACUUCAAAACUCUGCUGCCCAGCGGACUCCUGUUCUACUACACUGAAGGGUCUGAUGAGUUCAGCAUCGCCCUGGAGAACGGAGCAGUAGUGUUGAACAACAGAGGAACGAAGGUUAAAUUACAAAAGAAACAAUACAAUGAUGGGAGGACACACUUCUUAUUGGCUUCAGUCAACAAGCAGAGGUAUUUACUGUUAGUGGACGACAAAGACAAACAGGAGAAAAAGCGACCGUCAGCAGCCACGAAGUCCUCCUCAGAUUCUCUUGUAAAGACCUUUUAUUAUGGAGGGUCUCCGAGCAGCAGCUUAAAAAACUUCACUGGUUGCAUCAGCUACGCGUACAUCAACAGAAAAGACCGAGACAUUGAGACUGAGGACUUCCAGAAGUACACAGAGAAGGUGAAUGUUUCUCUGCAGGAGUGUCCGGUACAGCAGCCUCCUGCUGCACUCAUGUCACCUCUCAAGGGAACUUCUAAAGCCAAACACACCCAGUCCCAGAAGGUUGCCAGAGAUAAGUCCAGUCAUCUUCUGGAAGUGACCAGCUCUGAUCUGGAGCCAUUACAACCAAACAUCCAGUCUUGCUACCUCUCCCAAAGUCCUAGAUCAACACGCCAAGCCUUCCACUACGGCGGCGUUGCCAACAGCAGGCAACACUACGCAGGUGUCCCUGAUUCUCUUUCUGAGAGGUGCCACUUCUCUCUGUCACUAAAGAUCCAAUCAGCCUCCGGCCUCAUCUUUUAUGUAUCCGAUGUCCAAGAGGACAACUUCAUGGCUCUGUUUCUGGCCAAUGGAAAACUUGUGUUUAGUUUCAGUGUGGGAGACAAAAAAGUUCAGAUUAGGAGUGAAAAGAAAUAUGAUGAUGGUGCAUGGCACAGUAUUGUUUGUGUCCGUGAUGGAAGUAUGGGGCGCCUAAUAAUCGACAGGCUCACAGUGUUUGAAGACAAAGUUCAGGCAAACAAUGUUCCCUGGCAUGUCAGCGACUCCCUCUUUGUCGGAGGAGUUCCUCCUGGGAAGGCAAAAAGGACUAUUCAGAGAAACUCUGCAUAUAGCUUUACUGGCUGUUUAAAGAACCUUCAGCUUGAUGGACGAAGGCUGUCCUCUGUGGCUGAGACAUUUGGGGUCAGUCCAUGCUUUGAAGGACUCUCUGAGGAUGGAACAUACUUCUCAGAGGAGGGAGGGUAUGUGGUUCUGGAUGAAUCCUUCGAGCUCGGGCUGACAUUCGAGUUAGUAGUGGAAGUGCGUCCUCGUGUGCCAUCAGCGGUGCUACUACAUGUGCGCGCAUCAGAGGGUUAUUUCAUAAUGUACAUUCAUCAAGGCGCGGUGGUUGUUCUUGUCUAUGAUGGCACACAUGAGUUCUCUACAAAGGUAUCACCAAGACAGGGUGUGUGUGAUGGCACCUGGCACAGAAUCACAGUGAUCCGCGAUGCCAAUGUUGUUCAGCUGGAUGUGGACUCUGAGAUCAAGCAUGUUGUAGGACCUGUGAACCCCCGGUCUGCAGACACAAGGAAACCAGUGUUUAUUGGUGGAGCUCCAGAUCUCUUUCUCCCAGAACAUAUUGGCACCAGGAAGCCCUACGUGGGCUGCAUGAAGAACCUGACCAUAAACCAGAGCCAAGCAAGCUUCAGCAAGGCGAUUCUGGUCAGUGGAGCUGUCAGCGUUGGAAGCUGUCCUGGAGCAUAAUACUAUUUGCUAUCAGUAGCCCCAUUACAGCACUGACCGAACUCAAUUUCAGAAUUUAUUUUUAUUAAACAAUACCCACUAGGAGUUUGUUAAUUUGGUCCAAUGUUUCUUUCUUUGUCUAAGUCACUGUUUUUGUUUUCCA